AUGGGUGAAAAGAAGACUUAUUUGGCUGUGCUUUUAGUGCAAUCAAUCUAUGGUGGUAUGUUCAUGCUCUCAAAGGCUGCUUUCAAUGGUGGCAUGAACAACUAUGUCUUUGUCUUCUAUAGACAAGCAGCUGCAACUCUUUUCUUAGCCCCUUUUGCCUUCUAUUUCGAGUGGAAAAAUAGACCACCACUAUCGUUCGGGACCUUCUGCAAGAUUUUCUUCCUCUCUCUAUUUGGGAUUAGCUUGUGCUUAGAUAUAUUUGGUAUUGGCAUCGUCUAUGCAUCCGCGACAUUGGCUGCUGCAAUUUCAAACUGCCUUCCAGUCAUCACUUUCUUCCUGGCACUUCUACUCAGAAUGGAGAAGUUGAAAUUGAGGUCAGUCUCAGGGAUUGCCAAGAUUGCUGGGAUAGUAGCAUGUUUAGCAGGUGCAGCAAUCCUUGCCUUGUACAAGGGCCCUCACUUUAAUCUUUUGUGCCUUCAUCACGUCUUUGGGAGCCAUAGCAGCCAAGCAAUCAUAAGUCAUGUUCCUUCCAAUGAAACCAGGAUAAAGGGUUGCUUCCUCUUGUUCGUGUCCAACUUUUUAUGGGGCUUAUGGCUUGUUGUGCAGGUACGAGUUUUGAAAAAUUACCCAUCAAAGCUUCUAUUCAUAACUCUUCAGUGCUUUCUAAGCACAAUUCAGUUAUUUGCCAUUGCCAUUUCCAUUGAAAGAGAUCCUCAUGAGUGGGAGCUGGGCUGGAAUGUCAGACUUGUUGCUGUAGCUUACUGUGGAAUUGUGGUGACUGGUGUUACAUUCUACUUGCAAGCGUGGAUUAUAGAGAAGAAAGGGCCAGUUUUCUUGGCCAUGUCUACACCAUUCAUUUUGGUCUUUACAAUGUUCUUUUCUGCUAUUCUCCUAUGCGAGAUCAUCACUUUGGGAAGUGUUUUGGGUGGACUCGUGUUGGUCGGAGGCCUUUAUAGCGUUCUAUGGGGGAAAAGUAAAGAAGAGAAAAUGAAUGGUGAGAACUGUUUAAAGGCUGUAGGUGACAAAGAAUGCUCAGAGUUGGAACAAGUAAAGCCAGUGGAAACCAAGGGACCAUUGUUGGUGUAA